CGCGACCGCCACCCGUCACUCGGCAGAAUCAAGGCGCCAUGGUUCAAUGACCAUGAGUCAUCGCGUGCAGUUGCUCCACCACCGUGUCCCCACUCCCCCCAGACCUCACACCCGCCCCCGCCCUCACCACCCUCACACGCCCACCUCCGCCCCCGUGCUACGACCAUUCGACUCUACCCCCGUCCAUUACGCGACACACCCUUUUUUGUCACAACACGAACUCCGCUUCACCCGCUGCCUCAGGUCCGAGACUACCAUGAGCAGUGAACGUGGUGUGGGCAACCGGGUGGGUGAGCAGGUGGGCGACUACGUCAUUGCCAAGAAGAUUGGACAGGGCAUGUUCUCCACAGCAGUCUACCAAGCACAUGCAGUAGAUAAGGAAGACGAGGUGGUGGCCAUCAAGGAAAUUGAUAUCUUCUCAAACUCCAAAGAAGAGCGGGAGUCCAUUCUCCAUGAGGUCGAGCUUCUCAAGAGCUUCAACCAUCCGAACAUUGUGCGGUACUUUGACUCGUUUAUCGACUCGAACACCAACAACCUGUACAUUGUUAUGGAGUACGCCCAGUGUGGCGAUCUGAGACGGAUCAUCGAAAAGGCAAGGGCGCGAAACACUCCGCUGGCAGAGCGGACCAUUUGGAAGGUCUACUUUCAGAUCUGCAACGGCCUCCGCUACAUGCACGAGCGGAAGAUCAUGCAUCGUGACCUCAAGCCGGCAAACAUCUUUGUCUCGUCGGGCGGCAAGGCCAAGCUCGGCGACAUGGGCCUCGGCCGCGAGCUCUCGUCCACCACUGGACACGUGUUUACCAUGGUCGGCACGCCCUUCUACAUGGCACCCGAGCGCAUCGCCGAGGAGGGCUACAACAUGGCUGCAGACAUCUGGUCGCUCGGCUGCAUCCUCUACGAGAUGGCUGCUCUCCGCAACCCGUUCUUCCGCGAAGGCAUCGACCUCAUCUCGCUCAUGUCCAUCAUCACCGCCGCAGACUAUGCCCCGCUUCCAGAGGACACUUACUCGGAGGCCCUGCGUUCGCUCGUCGACUCGAUGCUGGUUACCAACCCCGACGAUCGGCCAACCGCCAAGCACGUCUUCCGAACUGCUCGAUCUCAAGUUGAGUCGCUCCUUUCUGCGUCAUCAAGUUAA